AUGGCUUUUACAAAUGUGCCACAACUUUCCAAACUUGAUGAAAGACGGACUCUCGCAAUGCUCAUGGGAGGUAGUUCUCAACAGCAGGUCGCUACUCACUUCGGAGUUCACAAAUCGACUAUAUCCACCAGUUUCGUUCAAAGAUAUUUUGAAUUCUCCAGUAUGGACUGUCCUUUUCCAUGGAUUGUCUCAAAACAGUCACCAAACCAACUGACGGAUGUAUACGAUGGAUGGAGCGAAUCAUAUGAUAAGGAUGUCAAUGGCAUACAUUACGUUGCACCUCUCAUACUGGCUAAGACCUUGGCGGCAUUUUACCCAGUGGGAGGAAGGACAGUUAAAGUUUUAGACAUCGCAACUGGAACUGGAAUUGUGGGCUUUGAGUUACAAAAACUUGGAUUCAGUAUCUUAGAUGGACUAGAUCCGUCCCAGCGUAUGCUGGAUGCAGCACGCGGUUCAAACGUGUAUAGAAAUCUGAUUUGUAAAUAUUUCACGGCUGAACCGACACCUGGCCUUGAGAAAGACAGUUAUGACGUCAUCGUUUCUGCCGGUUCAUUAUUUCCUGGACAUCUUCCACCUGACUGUUUCAUUGAAGCCGCACGUAUUGUCAAGCCAGGUGGGCUUAUUUGUGUCAUUACCCGAACAGAAGGCAAGGGAAGCUUCUUUAGUGAUCCGAAAUACUUGGAUAAAUUCAAAGCCACCAUCAAGCUAUUAAAAGAAGAGGAGAAGCUCGAGGAAAUCAAAUGGGAGAAAACAAAUUAUUAUAAGUCUACUUCGGGAGUUUUAAUACUAUAUAGAGUGUUGCAAUAA